AAACAUCACAUGUUUGUGCGCUCAGCGGGCCCCCAGAUUAAAUUAUUGAACAUCAGGACAGGCAAGAGGAGAGAGCUGGGAGAGCUGGACGAGCAGAGAGUGGGGACGAGCUCUGUCGCUGCAGAGAUACGUUAUACUUGUUUGUUGGAAGGUGGAUAUUGGCUGUUUUUGUGUUUUUUGGAGAGUUUUUUUCUGUCUUUCUGCUGAAUGGUGGAAAUGGAAGCCUUGCCAUAUAUUUUUCUUUUGGCUUGUGCCUGCUUUGUUUAUGGAGCUGAUGGACGCAAAACAUAUAGUGACAUGUUCCCCCACAAGCAUGAUGUAGCAGGAAAGUUUCCUUUUCCAAUCCCACCAAUCCCUGGCUGGGAUCCUGACACCAACCCGUGGGAUGCUUACCUCUACCCACCACUAAGCCCGAAGCCGAAGGAGCUCAUGCACCGAAGAGGUAAACCCACAGUUCAUCUGACCAGUGACAGUCCAGCUCUGAACGGCUCUUGCAUUUCCUUCACUGCCAAGCUUGAGUAUCCUCCGUGCCAGAAGGAAGAUGCCAAUGGGGAUCUUGUCUGGGAUGAGCACUGUGAGGACGGUACGGAGCUGGAGGCCUCAGCCAAUGGACAGGUUCGCUCUGGCUAUGUGUACAACUGGACUUCUUGGUUGGAUGACUACGGCUUUGGAAAGUGUACCGACACAACAAAAUGCAAUGUGUUCCCUGAUGGGAAGCCCUUCCCUCAGAGCAAUGAUUGGAGACGCAAGAGCUAUGUCUACGUGUGGCACACAAUGGGUCAAUACUAUGAGACAUGUGAUGGCUCAUCCUCAAGCGUGACCAUCAACACCACCAACAUCCCACUGGGGGCAGACGUCAUGGAGGUCAUGGUCUACAGGAAGCGUGAGCGCAGGAAGUACAGUCCCCUCACCACUGACAACACCGUCUUCUAUGUCACAGACAAGAUCCCGGUGGCAGUCAACAUCUCCCAAAGGGCUGCGGUCAACCAGUCUAAGAAUGUUUUCUUCCGCGGUGAGGACGUGGUCUUCAAAGUCCAGCUUCAUGACCCCAGUGGCUACCUCAAAACCGCCGCCUCCAUUGAUUACAUCUGGGACUUCAGAGAUGGCAACCAGCUGGUGACCCACCGUGAAGUGACCACACACACCUACAGCACACUGGGGACCAUGAGUGUGAAGCUGAUAGUGGAGGCGGCAUUCCCUGUGGAGUGUCCACCAGCUGCCUCUACCUCGACUCCACGGAGUGCCACGUCACCACCUCCUACAGCAACUCCAACACAUCCACCUGGUACUCACGCCGUUACUAUCAAGAUGGAGACCACACAGGCGUCACGCACCACCCGCCAGCCCCUCCCCUCCUCCUCUCCCACUGCCACAACAGGUUUGCCAACCACAGAGCCCCUCCCCCCUACUGUUGCCAGUGUGACCCCAGACUCCAACCCCACCACCCUGGCCUGGCUCCGCGCCAGACGCCUCAACAGCAAUGAGUGUUUCCGCUACGCCCAUGGAACCUUCAUGGGUAACAUCACCAUUAUUGAGCCCAAACACCCUCUGAACAGCCAGCCAAACAGUCGCAUUGUGGACGUGUCAGCUGCCCGAGUGACCAAAACUGACAUCAGCUUCCUGGUUAAGUGUCUGGGCAGCAUCCCCACUUCGGCCUGCACCAUAGUGUCAGACCCCAGCUGCACUCAGGUGCGUAACAUCAAGUGCGAUGAUGUGCCGCCCACAUCAGAGUGCGAGGUGCAUCUGAGGCGAACGUUUCUGGAACCGGGCACCUACUGUGUCAACAUCACCCUGGAGGAUUCCAGCAGCCUGGCCCUCGCCAGCACCACUGUCACCAUCAACAAGUCCCAGGACCCACCUGUGUCCAAGAGUCCUCACACUGCAGAGGUGGUCCUCUCCUCAAGUGCUGUGCUGGUGGCUGUCUUUGCAUUCAUUGCCUACCUAGUCUACAGGCGUUACAAGGUGUACCGACCCAUUCGUAGGUCACUGGUGGAGGACGCCUGUGGCCAUGCCGGGGUCGGCGGUCGCAUGGUCCGCCUGAGGGAGGCACUCUUCCCCUCCAGUGAGGAGAGCCGUCACCUGCUGACAGAGAGGCGCCCCCUGUAGGUUGUAUAGAGCUACACCAAAUCACUUCUGCCCUGAAAGGCAAAAAUACUGAAGAAAAAUCAUGACUGCCUUAUGCCAAUCUAAGCAAAAGCUGAAUCAUUAAAAAGUCAAGAUAGAAGGAAUAGAUUUGUUUGUGUGUGUGUGUGUAAAGAAAAAAAGUGAAUAACAAUCAUGUCUUGUUUUUGUCUUAAUUUAGUUGUUUAAAAGUGUUGGCAACAUCAAAUGGCUAAUGCUACAGCAGUAUGUCACUGGUAGAUGGUUAACUAAAAAAGGUGUUAAAUAUCCGACUGAGGCACUGUUCCCUUUGAUCUCAGUGUUGGGCGAAGUAGUUGCUAGGAGAUCAAUUGGGUUCAAGUCAUGGCUGUUUUUUGAUCAAAAGAAAUGCUUUUGUGCAGAUUUUGUGCCAAGCACCGCUUUACAAACAGUCUACAGUUUAGUAUGAAAUUCUUGAGAUGGUUUUCUGAUUUAAAAUUUACAGUGCACUUGCUCUUGUUCAGUUGAGUGAAUUAAAAUGGACAUUUAAGAAUGUUGCACUCAAAAGCUAAACUAAGGACUUCAGUGGAAAAUUGACAUGACUAUAAUAAAGAAUGUGAACUAACCACUCAGA